ACUAUCGUUAAUCAUAGAAAGCUCCUCUUUUUUUUUAUUUCCUAUAAAUGUCAAGAUUAAUUGUUAUAUGCAUAAGUGUAUACAUACGCACUUGUUAGAGAGAGAGAGAGUGUGAGAGAGAGAGAGAGAGUGGGGAAGAGAGGAAGAGAGACAGUGGUGAAAAAUGAAAAAGAAGAAAAUGAAAAAAAAGAAAAAAAAAAGAAAAAAAAAGUACAGAUUCUUAAACUCUAUUUAACAUCUUAUUGUGAUGUGACACUAAAUAAAUAAAAAAUAAAAAAUAAUUGUAUCGUGUGUGUGAGAGAAUCGACGCGAAGAAUUUUUCAACUACAUUCGAAUUUUAAACCGGCAAUUCUUUGACUACGUGUGAUGUCAACAAAAUCAAAACUCUGAUCAACUUUGACUGUUACACUGGAUCAGCCAUCCUUUGGAUUCCGAUGAAUAAUCAUCGAUCCUCUCUCAGAAUGUCUUUCCUGCAUAUAAUAAUAAAGAUUUAAGAUAAGUAUAUUGUUAUAUCAUACAUUUCUUGAAUAAUUUAUAGAGUUUCUUAUUAUAACAAUGGUACUAAACAUAUUUAUAACAUACAUUCUUUAUAACAUGCAUUGUAAAUAUCUAAUGGCUGGCUUAAAUAAGUUUUAAUUAUAGAUAUAAAAUAUAUAACUUUAACUGGAAACAGUAUAAGUAUAAAUUUAAUUAGAGAUAACAAAUAUAAACUUCGUACAAUUAACAAACAUUUUUCAAAUAAUUUAUUUUCAAAGAAAUAUAAUCUCCAUAUGUUUUUCAUUUAUUUUUGUUAAAUGUACUAAUAUUUUUACUACAUACAAAAAUUUCUAUCUGAACGUUAACUCGAAUUUUAGGUUAUGUGCAAGAACAUAUCUACACAUCUUAUAUAUACCGAUACUAUAGGAGCUAAGAAAUGGCAACUCAAGAAGAUGUUGGCAUCAGAGAUUUUGUCCUGCUGGAUGAGAUCAACAUUGAGAAGGUCGUGGAAAACUUGAAAGUUAGAUUCAAAGGUGGAAAAAUAUAUACAUAUAUUGGGGAAGUGUGCGUAAGUGUUAAUCCUUAUAAAAGUACAAAUAUCUAUGAUGCAAACCAUAUUAAUAAAUAUAAAGGGAGGGAAUUAUUUGAAAAUCCGCCACACAUAUUUGCUAUUGCGGAUUCAGCACAUCGUGAGAUGAAGCAACAAGGUCGUGACACUUGCAUAGUAAUCAGUGGUGAAUCUGGAUCUGGGAAAACAGAGGCUAGUAAAAUUAUUAUGAAGUAUAUCGCUGCUGUUACUAAUCUAAGCGGUCAACAGGAAAUUGAAAGAGUAAAGAAUGUGCUUAUUCAAUCAAAUUCUAUAUUAGAAGCAUUUGGAAAUGCAAAAACAAAUAGAAAUGACAAUUCCUCUCGUUUUGGAAAAUAUAUGGACAUUAAUUUUGAUUUCAAAGGGGACCCAUUGGGUGGACAUAUAACUAAUUAUUUACUUGAAAAAUCACGAGUAGUUUAUCAACAAAAAGGAGAACGUAAUUUUCAUUGUUUUUAUCAGCUGAUUAAUGGUUGUAGCGAGGCUGAUUUACAUAAAAUGAAAUUAGUACGUGAUGCUACCGCAUAUUAUUAUAUCAAUAAAGAUGAUAAUAAAUCAAAUAUAAAUGAUAAAGGUGACUAUAAAACUGUAAAUGGAGCCAUGUCCACUUUAGGAUUUUCACAAAAUGAAAUACAAACAAUCUGGAACAUUAUAUCUGGCAUUUUGCAUCUGGGUAAUAUUAUGUAUAAAAUCAAUGAAGAUAAACUUAUUGUUGAGAAAAAUAAUGCUCUAGCUAAUACUGCAGCUUUAUUUUCUAUUGGUCCAAAUGAACUUAGAACUGCUUUAUCCCAAAGAGUGAUAGCAGCUGGUGGAGAAAUUAUGCAAAAGACUCAUACUUUGGUGGAAGCUGAAUAUGGUAGGGAUGCUUUGGCAAAGGCAAUUUAUGAAAGAUUGUUUACAUGGAUUGUGUCACGUGUUAAUGAUUCAAUUAAUGUAAAUGACACAUCUAAUGCAUACAAAACAGUAAUUGGUGUGUUAGAUAUCUAUGGAUUUGAAAUCUUUGAUGUGAAUAGCUUUGAACAGUUUUGUAUCAACUACUGCAAUGAAAAAUUACAACAACUUUUUAUUGAGUUGGUUUUAAAACAAGAACAAGAAGAAUAUAAGAGGGAAGGAAUUGCAUGGCAAAAUGUUGAGUAUUUUAAUAAUCAAAUAAUUUGUGACUUAGUGGAAUUAUCUCAUAAGGGAAUAUUAGCUAUCAUGGAUGAAGCAUGUCUCAAUGUAGGCAAAGUAACAGACGAGAUGCUUCUUGAAGCAAUGGAUAUAAAAUUGGCAGAUCAUCAACACUACACUUCUCGUCAAUUGAAACCAACAGAUAAAGAAUUACAACACAAGAUUCAUUUUAAAAUUAAACAUUAUGCCGGUGAUGUUGUAUACAACAUUAACGGUUUUCUGGAUAAAAAUAAGGACACUCUUUUUCAAGAUUUUAAACGCCUGCUUUAUAAAAGUAAUGAUUCUAUAAUCAGUAAGAUGUGGCCCGAAGGUGCUCAAGAUAUUACAAAAACUACAAAGAGACCAUUGACUGCUGGUACAUUAUUUCGUAAUUCCAUGAUUGCACUUGUUAAAAAUUUGACUAGUAAAGAACCAUUUUAUAUUCGGUGCAUAAAACCUAAUGAAAUUAAGUCAGCUAUUGUUUUUGAUGAUGAAAGAGUAAAUCACCAAGUGAGAUAUUUGGGACUCGUAGAAAAUAUAUUAGUUAGAAGAGCAGGAUUUGCUCAUAGACAAAAAUAUGAUAGAUUUUUGAAAAGAUAUAAGAUGAUAUCGCAAUAUACUUGGCCAAACUUUAGAGGUGGCAGUGAUAAAGAUGGAGUUCGUACAUUAAUGGAAGAAAAAGGUUUUUCAGGUGAUGUUAAGUAUGGUCAUACUAAAAUAUUUAUACGUUCUCCUCAAACAUUAUUUGCAUUAGAAAAGGCACGUGAAGAUUUAAUACCAGGGAUUGUAAUAUUACUUCAAAAACAAUGGCGUGGUUAUUUAUGUCGACAAAAUUACAAAAAGAUGAAAGCUGCAUUGUUUAUUAUAAGAUAUUAUCGUCAGUAUAAGAAAUAUUCUUAUAUUAAAGAAUUGUUGAAGACUUUUAGUAACGUUAGAUCUAUGCGUGACCAUGGUAAACAUUUAACAUGGCCAAAAGAAAACUUCGCUGUUCGUGAUGUGGUACCUUCAUUAAAAAUGAUUUAUGCAAGAUGGCGUGCUUGGAUGGUGCUUAAAGUUGUCCCAAGAGAAGAUUGGCCACAGCUUCGAUUAAAAAUGGCGGCAGGAGCUGUAUUACAUUCUAAAAGACUUCAUUGGGGUCAGGAUAGACGUUGGGAAGGAAACUAUUUAUCUAAACCAGAUGAGAAUCCUCACAAUGAUGUUUUCACUUCUUCUAUAAAUAAUCUUCGAAAUACAGAUCAUUUUAAAACUGUUCUAUUCAGUACAUUCGUCAGAAAAACUAAUAGAUUUAAUAAACAAGCUGAUCGUGUUUUGGUAGUAACAGAACAUGCCUUAUACAAACUAGAAAGUGUAAAAUUUAAAACUAUGAAAAAGGGUAUACCUAUUGCUGAAAUUACUGGUUUAAGUGUAUCAUCUGGAGAAGAUCAACUUAUAAUAAUUCAUUCUAAUCGAGGAAAUGAUUUUAUUAUUUCAAUCACUGCCAAGGAAGAUAGAAUUGGAGAACUUGUUGGUAUAUUAAGUACUAGAUACAAUCAAUUACGUGGUACUGAACUUCAAGUUACAGUAGAUGUAAAGUUUAAGUGUAUGCUGGGUAACAAAAGUAAAGUAUUACGAGUAGAAGUAAUGCCUGAUGUAAUUGAACCAAUAUUCAAAAGAGACGGCGAUCAAAUUAUAUAUGCCAUUCCACCAUCCAUUGGUAUAAUUGAACCUAAUUCCAGACAUGAAAUCAGAACAGCUAGUUAAGUAUAAUUUUUAAUGAGAUAUAUUUAAAUAUUAGAUUAUUUUUAAAAAUAGAAUUUAUAUAUACGUGUGCUAUUAUAUUAUAAUUGACAACACUUCUUUUAUAAAAUUUAAGCAUU